AUGAGAUGUUUUGAGAUUUUGAAAAGCGAUCUACUAAAUGCCUGCCUCGGAAGUAUAGACGAAAGCAAGACUUUCACCAUUGAAUGUGAUGCGUCUAAUAACGCAAUAGCCGCUAUUUUAAAUCAGUGUGGUCGUCCGGUAGCUUUUACUUCCCGUACACUAUCUAAAAGUGAAAUAAAGUACCCUUCAAUUGAAAAAGAAGCUGCUUCUAUUAUAGAAGCAGUCAGAAAAUGGAGUUAUUUGUUACAUGGAAGAAAGUUUUGCUUAAUUACAGAUCAACGGGCCCUGUCUUUCAUUUUCCAAAAAAACCAUAAAAGCAAAAUUAAAAACACUAAAUUGUCAUUGUGGAAAUUGGAACUUAGUUGCUACAAUUAUACUGUUGUUCAUCGAGCCGGGAUUGAUAAUGUAGCCCCUGAUACUAUGUCUCGAAUAAGUUGCCUUUUUGGCAAUCCUGAUUUUGACCUCAAAAGUAUUCAGGAACAACUUGGUCACCCGGGUGUUAGGAGAUUGUCACAUUUCAUCAGAUCUAAGAAUCUGCCUUUCUCUACUGAAGAUGUAAAACACAUUUGCUCCAACUGUCAGCAAUGUGCGGAGCUAAAGCCGCGAUAUUUUAAAGGCAAUUACAAGCAUGAAUUAAUUAGAGCAACUCGUCCGCUGGAACGAAUCAGCAUUGAUUUCAAGGGUCCCGUUUGCGGUAAAAAGCAGUAUAUUCUGAUAAUUGUUGACGAAUACAGUCGUUUUCCAUUCGCCUAUCCUUGUAAAGAUAUGACUUCUACAACUGUGAUACAGUGCCUUUCUUCCUUAUUUUCACUGGUGGGAUUUCCUGAAUACGUACAUAGAGGCCGGUCAUUCUUAUCAAGAGAUGUUACGGAGUUUCUUGCAAGAAGGGGCGUUGCUAACAGCAAUUCCACUCCGUACCAUCCAACAGGAAAUGCUCAGUGUGAAAGGAUCAAUCAAACGUUAUGGAAGACUAUAAAGCUACUUUUGGCUUCUCAAAAAUUACCAGAGGCUGUCUGGGAAAUUGUCUUACCUGAUGCCUUGCAUAACGUAAGAUCUUUAUUAUUAUGUACGUCUACUAACUCGACUCCACAUGAACGGUUGUUUGGUUUUCAACGACGAUCGAUGCUGGGCCAAUCGCUCUCCGAUUGGCUACUUUCAAGGGGUAGUGUGUUGCUUCGAAAAUUCGUCCGGACAAAGACCGAACCUCUCUGCGACGUGGUGGAUCUAUUGGAUGCCAAUUUCAAAUAUGCACUGGUACGCCACUCAGAUGGAAGACAAACUACAGUUUCUGUGAAAGACUUGGCGCCAUGUCCUGACCAAUCUAAAGCUAAACCAACCGAGACUCCAAAUGAUUUGAAUGACGCUGAUUUGCCAGAAGCUCAGGAUGAAUUAAAUUCUACUUCGAAUGAAAAUUCGGAAACUCCCGUAGAAGAUACUGAAAGCCCUUCGUCGCUCUGGUAG